AUGGAGAGGUUUCACGGACACAUCAACCCCUGUUUUUUGGAUCGAAAAGCGGAUGCAAGAAGCCUAGAAGUUCAAGGAUUCGCAGAGGCUCAUCAAAGCUUUGUCUUUAAAGAAGAGGAAGAAAGCUUGCAAGAUACAGUUCCAUUUCUAAAGAUGUUGCAGAGUGAAGAAGAAGAAGAAGACCCAUCCACGUUUUUGUCAAUCAAAGAACCAAACUUUCUAAAGCUACUUUCUCUUCAGACACUCAAGGAGCCUUGGGAACUCGAAAGCUAUCUUCUUUCACACGAGGAUCCGCUGCUUCAUUCCCCGGUCCAAUCCGAGACUAACCGCUUCCUCUAUCACAACCCAAUUUCAGCAUCAUCCAUUGAAGGAGGAGCCAAUCAAGCUUUGUCAAGCCAAGCAAACAUGACAGUCCCUUCUUCUUCCUCAUCACAACGCACUCCAAACUCGAGACGCAAACGCAAAACCAGCCACUUGCUGCUUCCUCCAGAAAUGACUCAAGAGAAGAGAAAGAGGAGGAAGACUAAACCAACUAAAAACACUCAAGAGAUAGAGAAUCAACGAAUAAACCACAUUGCUGUUGAACGAAAUCGACGGCGUCAAAUGAACGAACAUAUCAACUCUCUCCGCUCUCUUCUCCCACCUUCCUACAUCCAACGAGGAGACCAAGCAUCAAUUGUAGGAGGAGCGAUAAACUACGUGAAGGUCCUCGAGCAAAUCAUACAAUCUCUUGAAUCCCAAAAGAGAACGGAACAAAGUUUCGAGUUGGGAAACGAUCAAGCAACUGAUAAUCAUCAUCAUCAUCUCUCAGGCAUUUCGUCGAGCGACUUGUGGACGACUCACGAAGAUCAAACUUGCGUCCCCAAAAUCGAAGCGACGGUGAUACAGAACCACGUCAACCUUAAGGUUCAGUGUCCGAAGAAACAAGGACAGCUUCUCAAAGGAAUCAUUUCACUCGAAAAGCUUCGACUCACUGUUCUUCAUCUCAAUAUCGCAUCUUCGUCUCAUUCAUCAGUCUCUUAUUCCUUCAACCUCAAGAUGGAGGACGACUGUGAACUAGAAUCGGCCGACGAUAUCACCAAGGCGGCGCAUCAGAUUUUCGAUAUCCGACCGAUUUGA